GUAAGAAAAUUCUUUAGUAGUCAAACGAAGUGGAAAAGUUGGAGAAGCACAAGAGAAGAAAGCACCGGAAGAUGGGCCGGAAAAUAACGGUGGCGGUAAGCACGUUGAAUCAAUGGGCGCUUGAUUUCGAAGGGAAUAUGACCAGAAUCAUUCAAUCGAUUAUAGAAGCAAGAGAGAUGGGUGCAGUUUAUCGCACUGGUCCUGAAUUGGAAAUUCCUGGAUACAGUUGCGAAGACCAUUUCUUCGAAUCCGACACGUUUCUACAUAGUUGGGAAGUUCUUUUGGAGAUAAUGAAGUCACCACACUCUCAAAAUAUGUUGAUUGAUGUCGGAAUGCCAGUUCAACACUUCAAUGUUGCUUACAAUUGUCGCGUCGUUUUUUAUAAUAAAAAAAUUAUUCUAAUUCGACCAAAAAUGUUGAUGUGUGAUGAUGGAAAUUAUCGUGAAACUCGUUGGUUCAAUGGAUGGACGAAACCUCGUCAAGUUGAAGAUUUUUAUCUUCCACGAAUCAUUUCAGCUGUGACUGGCCAGCACACGGUUCCUUUCGGUGACGCUGUUGUGUCAACACGUGAAACUUGUAUUGGAUAUGAGAUUUGUGAAGAACUUUGGAACCCACGAAGCACUCACAUCGAUUUGAGUUUGUCUGGUGUUGAAAUUAUUGUGAAUGGAAGUGGAAGUUACAUUCAACUACGUAAAGCUCACAUCACGACAGAUUUGAUACGAAAUGCUUCAUUUAAAGCUGGCGGACUUUACAUGUUUUCAAAUCUUCGCGGCUGUGACGGACAACGAGUUUGGUGGUCUGGAAACUCAGCGAUUGCGCUAAAUGGCGACAUUGUAGCUCGUGGAAAGCAAUUCUUACUCUCGGAUGUUGAAGUGACGAUAGCAACGAUUGACUUGGAAGAUAUUAGAAGCUAUCGAAUGGCUUUAAGAUCUCGUUGCACUCUCGGAUCUUCAGCCCCACUUUAUCCUCGCAUUAGUCUCGAUAUUGAACUUUCUAAUCGUCGUGAUAUAUUCACAGCAUCUCAUCCACCAAUUGAGUGGAUCUAUCAUAGUCCUGAAGAAGAAAUAGCUUUAGGUCCAGCAAGUUGGCUUUGGGAUUAUCUUCGACGUUCGGGACAAGGCGGAUUCUUUCUCCCACUCAGUGGUGGUGUUGAUUCCAGCAGCAGUGCUUGCAUCAUUCACAGCAUGUGUCGCAUGGUUGUGCAUGCAAUUGAACAUGGAGAAGCUCAAGUUCUCCACGAUGUUCGCAAAAUUCUUGCUGAUCCCGAUUACACGCCAAGAAAAGCAGCAGAAUUAUGUAAUCGAUUGCUUGUCACGUGCUACAUGGGAAGUGAAAACUCGAGUAAUGAAACACGUCAAAGAGCGUCAAAAUUGGCAAAUCAAAUUGGCAGCUAUCAUCUUGAGAUUAAUAUUGAUGGAGCGGUGUCAGCUCUUCUAACGAUAUUUAAUCUUGUGACGGGUUUAAAUCCUAAAUUUAGAACUCAAGGUGGUUGUCCUCGUCAAAAUCUUGCUCUUCAAAACAUUCAAGCACGCAUCCGAAUGGUUCUUUCUUAUCUCUUCGCUCAAUUGAUGUUGUGGGUUCGUAAUCGACCUGGUGGAUUGCUAGUUCUUGGUUCAGCUAAUGUUGAUGAAUCAUUGCGUGGAUAUAUGACCAAAUAUGAUUGUUCAUCAGCUGAUGUUAAUCCAAUUGGUGGAAUUUCAAAAACUGACUUGAGAGGAUUCUUAAAGUAUGCAAUGGAGAAGUUUCAUAUUCCUAUUCUCUCCGAGAUUAUUUCAGCACCACCAACUGCUGAACUUGAACCACUACAAGGUGGACAAUUGGCACAAACUGAUGAACAAGAUAUGGGAAUGACUUACAGUGAGUUGAGUGAGUUUGGUCGAUUAAGAAAGCAAGCAGCUUGCGGUCCUUAUUCAAUGUUCUGUAAACUUGUCGCCAGUUGGCGUAAUGAAUGUGCACCGAAGGAAGUUAGUGAUAAAGUUAAACAUUUCUUUCGAUGUUACGCAAUUAAUCGUCACAAAAUGACUGUUUUGACACCUUCGGUUCAUAUGGAAAGCUAUAGUCCUGAUGAUAAUCGGUUUGACCAUCGUCCAUUCCUAUAUCGUGCUAAUUGGAGUUGGCAGUUUAAAGCGAUUGAUGAUGAACUUGAUCGAAUUACUCGACAAGCUUCACAUCAGAAACCUGACCCAAUCGAACCUCCUGAACAGAAGACAAGAAGUGAAAGUUAUGGAAAGCUUCCACUUGACAAGCAACAAAGUUCACCAAUGACUUUUGGUUCAAGUGACGCUUUACCAACACAUGAGACGGUAACAACAAAUGGAAUUUCUGGUGCUUGUUCGAGUGGCAACAUCUGCACACUUGAGAAGGUAACGAAUAUGCCUUUGAAGAAAAGUCACAGUACAGGCUAUCAUAAAAGUCAGAUUAAUGUCAUGGGAAAGAUUAAAGAUAGAACUGGAAUUCCUGUUUAGGAUGAAGUAAACUUUAAGUUCUUUUAUUAAAUUCACACAUGAUUCGCUUCCAGUUGAUAAUAAUUUUUAAAUCACUUUAAUUAGAUGCCAUGUAUGAUUAUAGAGAUGAAAUUUAAAGACAAUUGGUGUUCCAAAGCAAUUUAAUAUCUGCCAUUAAUGAAAUUUAAGUUAAAGAGAAAGAAAAGUGUCCUUCACCAUGUCAUCAAGAAAAGAAGCACAUCAUAAAAAAUCCACACAAAUAGCUCAUCUUAACUUGAAAAGUAGAUUUUUAUUUAAUAAACUAAACUGAACAAUUAUUGAAACCAUUUAGAGAAAUAAGCAAACUUACUUAUGUCGAACAAGUAUCGUAAUUUCAUUGAAAUAUCCUUUUCAGCGGGUUUCAAUCUUUAUAUUUAGAUAUUUCUUUCAUAUCAAAAAAGGUAGAGAUUCUACAUGUUUUGUGAUUUUUAGAAACGAAUUCAUCAACUUUUUUUUUAUAAAUCUUUAAAGUAAUGUAGGAAUAAAAUGUUAACACUUUUUGAAUCCUUUGAUGUUGGUCAUCAAAUGUCGAUAUGAGCGAACAGAAAUCAACACCAGAGGAUCUCCAUUUAACCAAAACAGAUUCAUAAAUACUGCACAAAUAUACGAAACCAGUAAACAAAGAGAUCAUUUAUGUUGAAACAUUUAUAAAAUGCUUUAGAUUAUAGACUCUACACCAAAUAGUUUACUGCUCAUUAGUUGCAUUAAUAUGUAUGAAACAAUAAUUAUAAAAGAUUCUAAAAAUGCAAUUGAAUAUCUGGUAAAUAAUUCAAAUAAGAAAAUGAAUAUUUAGAUUCAUUUGAUUAGGUUACUAUAAACUUAAGGUUUCUAAUUGAGGUCAUUCAAUAAAAUUUCUAAAAUUAUGACGUUCUAAAGAUUUGGCAUGUAGCAAUUUUAGGUGCAAAAAUAAAUAAAUUAAAAUAAUUAUAAUCGUACAA